UCACACACGGGUGAGAGCCCGGCUAAGAAACAGAGCAAGUGGUCACCCGACGAGGACGCUCUCAUCAUCGAGCUGCGUGGCAGCGGCAUGAAGUGGGAGGACAUCUCGAAGCGGCUUCCGGGACGCAGCUCGAUUAGUUGUCGGCUGCACUACCAGAACUACCUAGAGAGACGCAGCGAGUGGGACGAGGAGCGCAAGAACAAACUCGCGCGCCUGUACGAGAGCCGGAUAUGUGGGCCAAGGUGGCAGAGGAGCUGCAGAUCCCAUGGCGCGCCGCCGAGGCCAUGCACUGGCAAC